UCAUUGUAUUAAGUUGUACAAUAAUAAUGUAGACUUUUUAUAUUUCUUUAGAGCCUCUUAAGUUUCCUUUUCCAUCUUUCUUUGUGGUCCAAACUCUUCUCACCAUUUCCAUUCACUAACAACCUCAAAACACACACACUAUCACUAUACCAUGCUUGAAUGAAAUCUCUUCACUUUGUUGUUUCAUAACAAACUUUCCCUCCGUACUAUUGAGAUUGUACACAUGUUGAAUAAUAAUCUAAAUACUUCCACCAGCCAUAUAUCAGAGGAAAACCAAGAAGAUGAACAAAUAACAGAAAUAAGAGAAAUCCAUGCCUUAACACCACCUCGUCUUCCACCUCCUCCACCACCAACCAACCGCGGCAGCCAUAGCCACCGUUCAUCAUCUCUAUCCAUGGCUAGCACAGAUAGUGAAAACUUCACAACUAUAAGCAGAGAAUUCAAUGCUCUAGUUCUAGCAGGAUCAACUGUUGACCACAACAACAUAAGUCCUCAUGAACAUGAAACAGCUAACAACAACAAUAACAAUAACAGCAACAAUUUGAGGAGGAUUAGAGAAGAUGAUCAUAUGAUGGAAGAAACCAAUCCUUUGGCGAUUGUGGUAGAUAACAGCCCUUUUGAUCCUAUUCCAUCUCCUACUAGCAGAAGAAAUAUGGCUAGUGGAAGUUCACGUGCAAGUGGUCAAGGUGGUAGUGAAGAACAUGUGUCGGUGGAUAGGGUGAAGAAGGAGGAAGUUGAUGCAAAGAUAUCAGCUUGGCAGAAUGCUAAAGUUGCUAAGAUUAAUAACAGGUUCAAGAGAGAUGAUGCUGUCAUCAAUGGCUGGGAGAGUGAACAGGUUCAGAAAGCUACUUCAUGGAUGAAAAAAGUUGAGAGGAAGCUGGAAGAGAAAAGAGCAAGAGCCUUGGAGAAGACGCAAAACAAAAUAGCGAAAGCUCGAAGAAAAGCCGAAGAGAGGAAAGCAUCAGCAGAGGCAAAAAGAGGAACUAAAGUGGCUAGAGUUCUUGAGAUUGCUAAUCUUAUGAGAGCAGUUGGAAGACCUCCUGCUAAAAAAUCUUUCUUCUAAGUUAGUUUUCAUAUUUUAAAAAUUGAAAACUUUUUUAGGCACAAAAAAAAAAGGAUAAUAAUUUUUCCUUUUUAAUUAGUUAAAGAGUGCAAGAUGGAUUGCAGUGAGAAGUAUAUAAUUAAAAUAGCAAGAUAAGGUGAUAUGUAUCAAUCAUAUCAUAUCAUAUAGUUUAUAAAAACCAAUUGGAGUGUUUAUAAGUGAUAAUAGAUUAGUGUUUGAAUGUGAUGAGUGUACUAAGUGGUUUGGUGACAUGCUUAAUUAUUUGAUCAUUGUGGUUGUUAAAACACUUUGGUGUUUUGUGUACAUUGCUUUAA